AUGUCUGCAAUUCUUAAACAGAGAGUGAGAUACGCUCCAUACCUUAAAAAGCUUAGGACUGCCGAAGAGUGCGUUCCUUUCUUUAAAAACGGACAAUAUAUCGGCUGGUCCGGAUUCACUGGUGUUGGAUCGCCAAAAGCUGUUCCUACAGCUCUGGCCGACUAUGUCGAGAAAAACAAACUUCAAGGAAAGUUGGCUUUCAACUUGUUUGUUGGUGCCUCCGCAGGUCCCGAAGAAUCACGUUGGGCCGACCUAAAUAUGUUGGCUCGUAGAGCUCCCCACCAGGUUGGUAAACCGAUCAGAAAGUCUAUCAAUGAGGGUAGAACCUUGUUCGCUGACAAGCAUUUGUCAAUGUUCCCUCAAGAUUUGACCUACGGUUUCUAUACCAGACAGAAGAAGGACAACGAUUUGUUGGAUUAUAUGCUGAUAGAGGCUACUGCCAUCACAGAGGACGGUGCUAUUGUUCCAGGUCCUGCCGUUGGUGGUUCGCCCGAGAUGUUGUCUGUGGCAGACAAGAUUAUUAUUGAGGUUAACACUUCGAUUCCAUCUUUUGAGGGUAUUCAUGAUAUCGACAUGCCAAUCAACCCUCCUAACAGACCUCCUCUUCCAUAUACCCGGGUUGAUCAACGUAACGGUUUGACAGCUAUUCCCGUUGAUCCCGAGAAGGUUAUUGCCGUUGUGGAAUCCACCAUUGCAGAUAGGGUUCCCGAGCCAAACAAGCCAGACGAGAAGUCCAAGAAGAUCGCACAGAACUUGGUCGAGUUCUUUGAGCAGGAAGUUAAGGCUGGUAGAAUGCCUGAGAACUUACACCCAUUGCAAUCCGGUAUCGGUAAUGUUGGUAACGCCAUCAUUGACGGCUUAGCAGACUCCAACUUUAAGCAUAUGAAUGUGUGGACUGAGGUGAUGCAGGAUUCUUUCUUGCAAUACUUUGAGUCCGGUAAAGUGGAUUUCGCUACAUCCACUUCUGUUAGAUUGUCUCAGAAAGGAUUCAAGCAGUUCUUCGAUAACUGGGACUUAUUCUCAAAGAAGAUUUGUUUGAGAUCACAGGUUGUUUCAAAUUCUCCUGAGAUGAUUAGAAGAUUGGGUGUCAUUGCCAUGAACACUCCUGUGGAGUUCGAUAUUUAUGGUCAUGCUAAUUCCACAAACGUCAAUGGUUCGAAGAUGUUGAAUGGAUUGGGAGGCUCUGCCGAUUUCUUGAGAAACGCAAAGGUGUCCAUUAUGCACAGUCCUUCUGCUAGACCAUCUAAGACCGAUCCAACAGGUAUAUCUUCUGUUGUUCCAUUCGCUUCGCACGUUGAUCAGACUGAACAUGACGUUGAUAUCUACGUGACCGAGCAGGGCUUGGCUGAUUUGAGAGGACUCGCACCAAAGGAGAGAGCUAAGGAGAUUAUUGAGCAUUGUGCUCAUCCUGACUACAAGGCUCAGUUGCAAGAUUAUUACGACAGAGCAGUCUUCUACUGCACCAAGACAAAGGCUUUACACGAACCUCACAUUUUGAGAGAUGCUUUCAAGAUGUACUUAAACUUGGAGGACAACGGCACUAUGAAGUUGAAGUCAUGGGAUCAGAAAUUCUGA